GGUGGUGGCGUGGAACCGUCCACUGUGCAAGACGCUCGUCCACGGACUACUCCGGAAAGAACGCCUGAUGGUAGAGCGCGAAGGCCUUGCGGUGCUUCGCCAUUGCUUCACCAUGCUGCCUUACGAGGAUUGCUCGAUGAUCUUCAAGGACACCCUCGGUGCCAUUGACGAGAUACUAUCGUCUCAGUUCGGGUGGCGAUGCGUGGCGGUGUGCUUGGAGAACGCAAGAAACGGCGAGCUCAAGGAUCUCGAGGCGACCAUCUUGACGCGGACCAGCGCAUUCGCCAAGGGCAGAUGGAGCUCCUACUUCCUGCAGCAUGUCCUUCGGUACGGCAGCGAGCAGUUCAAGGCGCGCAUCGUGGAGCGCGUGGCGAAGGACAUCGUGGAGCUGUCCGUGGACAAGUUCGGCUGCUACGUAGUGGAGGAUUGCUUCCUCUCGACGGGAUCCCUCGCGGGGCUGCAGCGCGUGCUCGACGCGUUCCUGGACCUGCACGACGACGAUCUCGCGGUGGCGGUGAAAGGCUGGUACUCCAACUACGCCAUCCAGAAGCUGCUCGCGGCGGGCAAGGACCACCUCCCCGUGCGCGCGACGGAGCUGGCGAGGCGGAUCGAGGCGCUGCCGGAGGUGGUGCGGAAGCACGAGUUCGCGAAGCUGGUGAUGGAGAUCAUCAAUAAGCUGUUCCCCGCGCAGCCGAUCCAGUAAACGAUCCCUUCUUUCCAUGAGGCCACAGAGAUGCAUGCGCCGUGCACUUGUGUGCGAACUGUAUGUGGGUGUAGGCUUGGGUCUCCCAGACCGUGUCCAUGAGGCCACGGAGGUGCAGCUGCGAAGAGGCGCUGCGUGUCAUGUGUGUUCGUUCAGCUUGUGUCGAUUGGUAGUAGUAGGUGAUGCCACAACUUUGGUUUGUCGAGCUCUGCAGGGCUUGUUUUGAUUUCACGAUGAAAUGGCAAGUCAAAGGUUUUCUGAA